CUAUAACUCGAAGCCCGCCUUUUUUGCAAAAAUUAAGCCUUUAUUUAAGAAACAAAUGAAAAAAAUACAUCAAUCAAAAUUGGCCAUCGUUAGAUAUGACUGUUUCCCAUCUUUCUGGCAAUAAGCGGAUCCCACGGCAAAAGAACGACUCAUCUUUAGAGGCUAUUUAGUCAGAGACCUAUUUUUCGACGCUUUCAUGAGUUGAAGUGUUCCUCAGCAAGUGCGUGUGCCAUCGAUGAAACAAGUGGUAGUCGAAAGGGACACAGUCUGUUGGACAUUCAUAUUCGAAAUGGAUCUGGAUACAUCUUACAUUGAACCAUUAAUUGAUGACUGGGUGGAACAUCUUCAAGAAAUUGUGGAACAACAGAAGCAGGAACGCAUUAAAAUAAAAGAUUUUAUUAUACCAUUUAUAGCAAUUUCAGCACCUACAAUGAAGACUGCCUUUGUGAUAGCGGAUUAUUUAGAACUAGAGACCCAUGUAAAAUAUAUGGCCAUUCAUUUGUAUGACGUGUUCAUGUGCAAACGUUUUUUGGAGAUUUAUAAGGCUGCAAGUCCUUUGUGUGAAACAGCAUGGUUUAAAAUGUGCAAAAAAUAUUCCAAGCAUUCAAAAUUAUAUCUUAUGUCUUGUUUUCAAUUGGCGUGUAAAAUGGAUUCUCAUUGCGCUAACUUGGGAAUAUUGCAAAUUUUAAAUGUUCUGCAUAAACUUUCAAAAAAGUCAGAGUAUACGCAAAAGAUGAUUUUCGAUUCAGAAAUUGAAGUUUUCAAAACGGUGGAUUACAAAAUGCCUCUUAACACACCGUUGCACUGCAUUGAAAUUUUGUUGGCAGCAACAGGUCUUCAAAAAACACAAGGCUCAAUUUAUAUUGCAACAAACUUACUGAAUCUUACAUAUUUAAAGUAUGACAAACUGUUCUCAAAAUUUUAUAAAUUCUAUAAGGAUAAACAGGAAGAUAAUUUAAAGACAAGACAAAAACUAAUAUCUUUGAAAUCAAAUAUGGUUUUUUUAAGUGCAGCAAUAGUAUUGUGCACUAUGUAUUUUGUCUGCUUGGAUACAGACAUUUUAAAUAAAAAAGUUUUUAUAGUAAAACUUUCAGAAUUAUCAGGUACAAACAUAUCUGAUAUCAUUAAUAUGUCUAAUGUAUUGUUGUGUACAGCAAUACAACAAUAGUCUAAAUAUGUUUAUAAUAAUAAAAAAUUAAUAAUAAGCAUAAUAGAUAGAUACAACAAGAUAAUAAUGUUUAUAUAUUUAUAUAUAAAUUGAAAUCAAAUAUGUUCUUUUUAAGUGCAGCAAUAGUAUUGUGCACAAUGUAUUUUGUCUGCUUGGACACAGACAUCUUGAAUAAAAAAAUUUUUAUAGUAAAAUUGGCAGAAUUAUCAAAUACAAGCAAGGCUGAUAUUUUUAAUAUGUCCAAUAUAUUGCUCUAUACAGUAACAAAAGAAUAGUAUUAAUAUGUUUGUAAUAAUAAAAAAUUAAUCAGCUAUGAUUGUAUUUGAUAAUUCUGAGAAGUUUACUAUAAAAACUUUUUUAUUUAAAAUCUCUGUGUCUAAGCAGACAAAACACAUUGUGCACAAUACUAUUGCUGCACUUAAAAAGACCAUAUUUGAUUUGAAUUUAUAUAUAAAUAUAUAAACAUUGUUAUCUUGUUGUAUCUAUCUAUAUAUUUUGCUUAUUAU